CUGAAUCCAGUCUCCGAUCACACAUCUUUUCUCGACGCACGCUAACUCAUCAUCGACCAAUGAGGUGGCCGCACAACGAACGGCCAUUUUCCUUUCUCUACGGUCGCGCGGAGCACAACUGAGGGAUUCUACCGUGCGCUACACGGUAUCGUCAGGCGAUCUUGUAGCAAAUAGGGCGAGCGAGAUAGGGCUUUGCUACACACAUCCGCUGGUCUCGUUGCCUUAUUUCUUCGUUUUGCUGCAAACAAUAAGCAGUAAUCUUGCUGGUCGCAUCGUGUUCACUUAAAUAACAAGACAACGUGAUGGUCCUGGCGGAGAGAAACUCUGAGAACGUACGAAACGGCCGAAGAUCGCGAGGCCCCAGCCCUAAUGUACAGACGGAAUCAUCCAGCGAAGAGGAUGCAGUUCCAGCAGAAAAAAUAAGAGUUGGACGUGAUUAUCAAGUCAUAGUUCCAGAAUAUGUUCCUGUUCAUGAACGUCGAUUGGACCAAUGUCCUGAUAGAGCUCUGUUAGUUUGGUCACCAACUACAGAUAUACCAGAUCAAAAAUUGGAUGAAUAUAUCAUAUUGGCAAAGGAAAAAUAUGGUUACAAUGGAGAACAAGCAUUAGGAAUGUUGUUUUGGCAUAAACAUAAUCUAGAACGUGCUGUUCUUGAUUUAGCUAAUUUUACACCGUUUCCUGAUGAGUGGACAGUGGAGGAUAAAGUAUUAUUCGAACAAGCAUUUCAGUUUCAUGGAAAAAGUUUUCAUCGUAUUCGUCAAAUGCUACCUGACAAGUCUAUCGCAAGCCUCGUAAAAUAUUACUACAGCUGGAAGAAGACACGUACUCGGACAUCAUUGAUGGACAGACAAGCACGCAAAUUAACGAGCGGCGGCAAAGAAGGCGAGAAUGGCAGCGAAAAUGGAAGCGAACUUGGCUCCAAUACUGAUAGUGAAUCUGAGGAAAAAAAAUGGACGAUCCACCGCGGAAUACGUCGUGGAAAGAACCAAGCUGUGCCAGGAAGCCAAGGCACUGAUGUUAAGGCCCCAUCCGACUCGGAAAACGCCCCUCAGGUUCAGGGCUCGUGUAGCAAUUGCGGCAUAGCAUGUCAUAGUGUUCGUGCGACGCCCAAGGGACACGCGUGUCAUAGCUGCUAUCUGCACUGGAGGCGCACCGGUGUAACGAGACCGGUAACAUCGAUGGCGGGUCGUACGAAUAAACGAAAACCACCGCGAGGCUUGGUCGUGAAUCAUGAUGAUUUGGCAGCCUUGGCUGGUCAACCAAAUCAAGCUACCAACAGCUUGCAGGCUAUCGACACUGAAAUUGUUAGCCUAAAACGUCAAAUACAGUCUAACAAGCAACAAGUGAGCGCGCUAAAACGAAAAACAGCUGACGGGAUCGAUGAUCUACGACCACCAGAAGUAUCGAGCCGUAUAAACGCACGUUGGACAAAUGACGAGCUGCUAUUGGCUGUUCAAGGUGUUCGAAAAUAUGGAAAAGACUUCUCAGCGAUCGCCGAUGUUAUUGGUACUAAAACUGAAGCCCAUCUACGGUCAUUUUUUGUCAAUUACCGACGGAGAUACAAUUUGGAUGCAGUUUUAAAGGAAUACGAGGCUGAAAAUGGUCCAAUAUUAGUCGACGAUGACAAAGAAGAUAAGAUGGAUGUUGAUCAAGCAAAUGAUACUGCAGAGACAUCUCAGAAGGGAAAGACGUCCACAGGAUCUGGGCAAGUUAGUAAAUAACAAACGAGUACAAUCUCAAGUACAAAACGAGAGAAAAAUAAUUGUACCCAGCGAUAACAAUCUAUAAUAGCAUAUGGAAAGUUUGCGAAUUUGCUAUUUUGUUUAUGCGUAUGGAUUAUUGAAUCUUGAGCGCUCAACUCCUGAUCUUCGAAAGCAAAUUCUCAGUACUUGAUACUGUUGUAUUAAUUCACAAUGAAGUGAACAAUUGCAAAUUCAUUUAUGUAUACAUAUUACAUAUGCAUCUUACAUAUUAGAGAUUAAUUAAUUUUUUUGUGUCUUAAAUGUAACUUCACGAAUUUGAACAUAUAUGUAGAACUUAGAAUUGUGUAAAGCAAAAUUGAUCUCAUUUGGAGUUAUACGAUGAUAAAUCAUCAAAUAUGAAGAUCCUAAAGACAUUAAAUAAAAAAAUCAAGGGAUUAUCUGCCAAAACUUUGUCAAUUGAGACUUCUGGUUUUUCGCUUUUUGACAAAAUUUUCGCGGCGAGAGAUCAGAAACCUUAAUUAUAAAGAAUGUAAUCAUAUGUCUGUGUUUAUAUUAAUCUUCCAUCGAUUAUUGCUACUCAUGUUGUAGCAGAAGUUCUGCCACAGUGAAAUUCUUGUCGAGGGAACUUCACUGUUUACAUAUAUGUAUAUAUAUAUUUUGUAUCACUUGUGUGCCUUCUAAAUUUUAUUGCUCUUGUAAUAAUCCUUAAUAGUCUCUUGACCCUUUUUUUUACUUUAUUUUAUGAAACCUAUUUGAUUCUUACAUAAUUCAAAAUUUACGGCAACAACAAAUAACGUAGAUGGUCAUUUUUGUGUUUAAUCCGAUUGAUUUUUAUGUUACAAAUAGAAAUUUAUAAGCCUAAUGUACAUAUGAAAAAUAUCAGAUAUUUUAACGCUUUCCUUUCUGUAAUUACGAAUUUCAUGCAUAACUUACAUGUUACACUUGAAAGAGCUCGAUUGCAUACGGUAAUAAUGUUGCAAUGUGGACAAUCUUUACCGUUGUAAGCAAUGAGCGGAAAGGAAAGAAAGUAUAUUUAAUUACAGAUGUUUAUAACAACAUCAGCAGUAUACUGAAUAUUAUGAUCUAUUAUAAAAUUGCAAAAAUGUAGAUAAUAUUCUAGUAGUUCGUUAAAAAGCAUACAUACAUUAAUAAGAUCAGUCCAAGUGGUAAUAGAACGCACACUGCGAAAUUUUAUUUACAAAAUGCAUGAUAGCUAUUAAGCAAUCAUAUUUUUAUGUCUAUAUAAUGUAUAUAUGUUAUAACCUUACUGUAGCGUCAGCUCUCUACUCAAAACAUCUAGUGGUAUGAUUAAUGUAUAAGACAUCACAGAAAAUAUUUAGAACCCUUCACUUGUUAAGACUUUAUUGUUUUUCGUGAUCACUUUCGUAAUGAUUAAUGCUGCCAGGAAGACGAUCAGAAUUCUUAUAAAAUACGUCAAAAUAAAAAGAUAUAUCUAUAAAAUAUUCAAAGUUUAAAAUGAAAAAAUUAUCUCCUACUGUAAAUCGAAUUUUAGGUCGUAGAAGAGAAAAGUUCACAAUUCUAACUGAUGUAAUUUGCAGUGACAAGAUCAAAUUUAUGACCGAGUGUUUAUUAAAUUUGCCAAUACAAAAGUUUAAUAUAUUAUAGGGCAGUUUCGAAAUCAGAAGCGUAUAUUUAGCAAAAACUAAACUGCUGUAAUAAAUAUCUCUCUCCCUAGGAAUCAAUUUAGAUCAAUUUAAUACAUACGCAGAUGCUUUCAACACGUAUUUUUAAAGAAUUUUGAUUGUGUGUUUUCUGACGUCAUUAAUCAAAAUGAUCACGUACGAAGAACGAGGAGGCUUAAUAUUUAUUGGAAUAAUCUUAAUAGCUCUUCAGUUUUUUAAACGUCAUAGUAACAUUACUGACAUGAUUUAGUUGAUCUUUUUUCUUGUUUCUUCUCUGAUAUUGACAUUAUAAUAAAAUAUAAGCAUUAUGUAAAUUGAAAAAAGUUAUAUCUCUUAUGCAAGACACUUUAUGUUCAAAAAAAAUCAAAUUGUUUGGCACAAUUGAUACUAGAUACUGCAUACUACAUACUAAUUUAUACUAUAUAGUGCAUGAAAUUAAAUUUAACAAUAUUGUUAAGUAAAUAGGUAGAUUUAAUUUUGAUAGUAGUAAUAACGAGACUGUGUCUUAAAUAUGUCUCUAUAUAUAGUAACGAUUAAAGAUUAUAGCGUCAUUUAAAUUUGACGAAUUAGUAUGCUUGUUCCACGAGAGCAAUUGUAUUUGAUAUACGUAAAAGAAUACUAAUAGUGAAAAUCGCGAUCACCAAUAGCGACAUAUCAAGAAAACGCGUGCAAUCCUUCGGUUUGUUCCAAUUGCUCAAACAGACGAAGAUCAAGAUAAUAAUGUAAAAAUGGAACAGACCAGGAUUGGAAUAAUAAUGUAAAGAGCGUUGCUAAAUUAAAGGAAAGACUCUGUAAUUAGAUAAAUUAUUGUUAGGCAUAUAUAAAUAUGAAGAAAACAAAGUUAUUCGUAAUUUUUAGUGGUUACGGCUGUAAGUGAUGGUGAAAAGGAGCCAUCGUGCAAAUAUGGAAAUGUAAAAAAAAGUGAUAUGUUUGAUAAAAUCGUAAUCAUUGCGCUCCAAUAGAUUUCUGUAAGAGUGUGCAAAAUCUGAAUAAGAUUAAAAUUUAAUUUUUGUCAAAUCUGCUUUUCCUUUGAGAUUAGAUUUAUCUGCACUUUACGCAGUGUAAGCUGCGUUUUACGGAGUUAACAUGUGCAUGCCACAUUUUAUUUAUUUUCACGUUAGAUUCGACGUUACUCUUAGGUGUAGUGUUUUUAAUGUACUCCGCUCAUCAUCAUUAUCACUGAUAUAUCCUCUAUCCGCAAUGAAAUAAUUCGAGCGCAUUAUAUAAUAUUAUAAAAUACGGUAUCUUGCUGUAUCUCAUGGAUUUGAUAUGAUACCAAAACGUAUAAAUUUUCCUAGAUAUUAA